AUGUGGAUCUCCCUUUUUAUACAACAACACGGUCUUGCUGGUGUUCCACUGUUUAGGAACCUUGCAUUCCGACAGAUAACGUGUAAAGAGCCUCGCCAGGGUUGGCAAUGGAUAUUAAGGAUUAUUAAUUAUUGUGUUCCGAGAUCGGAACAUGGCGCAUCCCAAGAGGACUGGAAUCAGAAAGUCAAGAGGAAUGGAAGCAUUACUUUGCUAAACAAGGCGGAAAUUUACACCCAUAAGAUGUGCGACGUUAAAAGGGCCAUUAUGCCAAAAUUGGCCCAAGAAGAACGCCUGAGGAACUUCGAAGAAGAAGUCGAAGCUUUCUGUACGGAUCUAAAGAAGUUCUACAGAGAAGACCAUGUCUACAAGGGCACUGCUGGUGAUUUUAACGCCGAUUGGCCCCAGAAAAACACCUGGAGAACUUCACAUCGGAACCUACGGCCAUCAAUGGAAUGA